GCGUCUGUUACUGACUCUUGGCGUCAGAGGCGUCUCCUGUGGCCCCGGAAGCGGCUGCUUCGUCUCCUGGCGCGCCCUCCGCGCCCCUCACACCCUCCGCCCUCUUCCUCUGCGGGGGUAGUAGGACGAGGGACUCAGCCCCGAGGGAAGGGAGCGGCGGCGCCCGCCAGGCCCAACCAGUGAAGGCGGUGAAGGUCCUGUGUGAGUGGCUGGAGGCAGUUGGAGGAUGGAUGGCGGCUAACGGAUUGAGAUUGAAUCCUGACAAGACAGAAGUACUGUUUGUGGGGGACAGGAAGACUUACAUUGGCUCCCAGAACGUUUCCGAGCACAAUUCAAAGUAUUGGUGCUGACCUUUAAAGCUCUAAACUGCCUUGGUCCAGUAUACCUGAAGGAGUGUCUCCACCCCCAUCGUUCUGCCCGGACACUGAGGUCCAGCGUCGAGGGCCUUCUGGCGGUUACCUCACUGCGAGAAGCAAACUACAGGGAACCAGGCAGAGGGUCUUCUCGGUAGUGGCACCCGCCCUGUGGAACACCCUCCCAUCAGAGAACCAUGGGCAUACACAGCCAACCCUGUGAGCCCUCCCAGGAACUGAGACAUCCAUCUGGCUUGUGAGCUUCCCAACAGUAUCUGGUUGGCCACUGUUGAGACCGGGAUACUGGACUAGAUUUGCCAUUGGCCUGAUACAGUAGAAAAGUUUGCAAUUCAGCAUGGAGCAAAGAAGAUAGUAGAAGGCGGAAGACCUUGGGAUGCAGGAUGGCUUUCUUGGACAAUCCAACCAUUAUCCUGGCUCACAUCCGACAGUCACAUGUGACCAGCGAUGACACAGGGAUGUGUGAACUGGUCCUGAUUGACCACGAUGUUGACCUGGAGAAAUUCCAGCCCACUUCGGCCAAUGGCGACAGCAGCUCAGAAACGCAGGGCAGCAAUGGCGAGUCUCAGGGUUACGUAUACUCCCAGUCGGUCGACAUUACCUCAAGUUGGGACUUUGGUAUUAGAAGGCGAUCAAAUACAGCUCAGAGACUUGAACGGCUUCGGAAAGAGAGGCAAAAUCAGAUAAAAUGCAAGAAUGUGCAGUGGAAGGAAAGGAACACAUCUUAUUCAGCGGAGGAGCUGAGCCUGCUGUUUGAGAAGAAGAACUUCAGGGUGAAGCCUCAGCGUGCUGCUACGAAGCCAUCAAUCCUCUCAGUACGGCUGGAACAGUGCCCCCUACAGCUGAACAACCCAUUCAACGAAUACUCAAAAUUUGAUGGCAAGGGCCAUAUUGGCACCACUGCAACCAAAAUCAUUGAUGUCUACCUCCCGUUGCACACAAACCAGGACAAACUGCAGCCCAUGACUGUGGUGACCAUCGCCAAUGCCAAAGUGCAUGACUUGAUUGGGCUCAUCUGCUGGCAGUACACGAGUGAAGGACGGGAACCCAAACUCAAUGAAAAUGUCAGCGCUUACUGCCUCCACAUUGCCGAGGACGAUGGUGAGGUUGACACAGAUUUCCCACCCUUGGAUUGCAAUGAGCCCAUCCACAAGUUCGGCUUCAGCACACUGGCACUGGUAGAGAAAUACUCCUCACCCGGCUUGGCAGCCAAGCAGUCCCUCUUCGUCCGGAUAAAUGCUGCACAUGGAUUCUCGCUUAUCCAGGUAGACAGCAUGAAGGUCACCAUGAAGGACAUCUUGCAAAAGGCUUUGAAGCGGAGAAAAGGAUCCCAGCGAGGCUCAGGCCCUCAGUACCGGCUGGAGAAGCAGAACGAGCCCAACGUCCCUGUUGACUUAGACUGUACCUUGGAGAGCCAGAGCACUUUGGAAUUCUGCCUCGUCCGCGAGAAUAGUUCAAGAGGCGAAGAGAUCUCAGAAGAGGAUCCACAGAUCGACAUUGCAACCGUCCAGGACAUGUUAAGCAGCCACCAUUACAAGUCUUUCAAAGUCAGCAUGAUCCACAGGCUUCGGUUCACCACAGACGUUCAGUUAGGCAUUUCGGGAGACAAGGUGGAGGUGGAUCCUGUAACGAAUCAGAAAGCCAGCACCAAGUUCUGGAUUAAACAGAAGCCCAUCUCCAUCGAUUGUGAGCUCCUCUGCACUUGUGACCUUGCAGAAGAAAAGAGCCCAAGCCAUGCAAUUUUUAAACUCGCAUAUCUAAGCAAUCACGACUACAAACAUCUCUACUUUGAGUCUGAUGCUGCUACUGUCAACGAGAUUGUGCUGAAGGUGAACUAUAUCCUGGAAUCCCGUGCCAGUACAACACGAGCAGAUUACUUGGCUCAAAAGCAAAGGAAACUGAGUCGAAGGACCAGCUUCAGCUUCCAAAAGGAAAAGAAAUCAGGGCAGCAGUGAAGUCUAGACUACCCUGCUUGGGAAUAAAUAGAAAACGCUCCCUCUGGGACAAGAGGGACUCAUGAAUUCUGGUGGCUAGUGGCCAGCCAGCAUAGGAAUUAUUUUACAGGUAUUAUUUUACAGGUCGACAUGACAUAUUUUACACAGCCGCUUUUGGCAAUGGGCCUUGCCCUUUCAUAGGAAAAAAAAAAGAGCCAUAUCAGCCCCAAAGAGGACACAGUUGGGCGUUCAAUGUCUCCGGCUGGGGCCAAGUAGAGGCCUCUAUAGUCUUGACUUCUUUUUUGUUUGUUUGUUUGUUUGUUUGUUUGUUUGUUUGUUUUUUAAUGUAGAAAUCUCCAAGGUACAGUUGCAAGGAAAGUGCCAUAGGAUCCGCAAAAAAAUAAAGUCCAGAGGUGAAAACCGAAUGGCCCUUCUUUGUAGCCUACACACAUGAGCACACAGCUCACAGACAAACCCACAAUGAUAAACGUAUCGCUGCUGACAUGAUCAAAUUUCCUAAAAACCAACAAACAUAGGACAAAUGUAUCCAUUUUUGUUACUAAUAAACCAAUUGUACUCUU